GCUGUAAUGAGGACGUAUUGUUCGACGUCGAAGGCACAGUAUGCAUCAGCAUUAAUUGGCUUUAAGCUUGUACAUAUUCCAUGCUAGCACGCACGCUAGUUCCACUUCUCUCGUUCACUUUGAGCCGCUCGUCUAAGGGCUAUGACGAAGAGCAACGCCAAGCGCGACAAGGACGAUCAAAGCGACCCUCUACCCAUUUAUGAAUGCCAUCCGCCCGCAUGGGUGCCUUCCACACACAGAGCAGCGGAUGUUGGCUACCCUGGGUUUGACCCCCCUCACCCCGGUCAGGAGGAUGUCUUGUCUGCAGCCAAGAUCAACGAUGGGUUCAGCCAGGCCCCGUAUGUUCAGUCCGAGCACUCUGGAGCCGUCGAAGCACGCUUUCCGCAGGAGUCGAAACGGGGCCAGCUCUUUGACGGCGACAGCAUUUCGGUGCUAGAAACUAUCAUGCAUGAGGUAUUUUGUCGACGUGCGCCGCAUGCGCCUGUUGUCCCUGCUUCGACGUUUAAAAUACCGUCUCGUGUUACUCUUAAUGAUACCCGGCGGCAGUCCUGGUUCGCCGACCUGGCGAACCCAGAUGUUCCGCUUCAUAAACUUGGGAAGAGUGUACCCCACGGUGCUAAAGGGCACGAUCUCCUGGAUCUUCUCCAGUCUAACAAUGUAGCGAUCCCCCGCGCAGUAUGGUUCCUGAGGGUUUUUGGCGCGAACGAAACAGCCGGCCUCCGAAACAAACCGAACUUCAACCCGAUGCAGUAUAGCAUCGACUGGACGAACGUAGUGACCGGGUAUAUCAGGAAACAGCUCGGCGAAAUCGCACUACCCAGUGCACCUCGACCAGGGUUGAACAUCAAGCAAACCUUUAAAGGUGUCCUCUCAGACUCCGAAUCGCGUGAGCGCUGGGUAUCGCGGUUCGGUUACUGCCUUCAGCUGCUGCGACCAUUUUAUGUGGAAGGUCUGGUAGACCGCCGCACGUUUCUUACUUGGUUGGUACACCAGAUGUCGGGAUGCAACCUUGCCCAAGCUGGCUUCGUCGCACAUCUUGCUGAUCAAUACCUGGAUGACAUGUUGUCGAGCAGGGCUCUCACGAAGCCAUUUAUGGAUGCGUGUGUUGCGAAGCUGACUGAGAUACGGACGUUCCUCCCGGACCAACUAGCUAGAUUAGACGCCUUGCUUAAAUCGCUGUUGCAGCGUAUAUGUUUGACUCUUCCAGACGCAUUCGUCAGUCCUCACACAUGGGCGAACAGCGCAUCAUUCGUAGUACCAAUAUUAUCCAAUGAUAAUAAUAGUAACUCUACUCCCGGCGAUACAUGCAACCGGGAAAUACAGCGUGUCCUUCAUCAUAAUAUCACCGACAUCCAACGUCGUACCGAUGCCAUGCUCUUUCGCAAUCUCCCUCCCCGGGUCCCGGAGAGGCUUGGCUCGAUGGUUGUUGACAUCCAGAUUCUCAAUUCUAUUUCAAGUAUGACCGACAUGUCGACCAUUGAGUUUUUCUCGUGUAAUGCGACGGACCAUCCUUCCACAUCCACUUUCUACAACAAACUUGACACUCUUCUGACCUGGAGUGUCACCCCUCUUCAAUUUGGUCCCCAUCGCACCUAUGCUGCCGUCUUUUUACUCUCGCAAUAUCGCCAGCGCACAGCGCGGCGUGAGGUGUCAUCGAGUGCACUUCAGGACUACCUAUUUGACUGGUUGGAUACGAGCGAGGUGGCAGUGGAGAGCGGAAACCUCAGAAGUGUUUCGGCCCUUUUUGGUAAACUCGUGAAGGAUGGCCUGUUCGACUAUGCGGCGUAUCUACAAAGACUUGUGGCGAGGGGAGGAGAGAAUCUUUCAUAUGUGCAGUCGACUUUGCCUGGUUCGAAACAUCGCGAAUUUCUCCGUUGGAUACCGUUGCAUAGCACGACGUCUUCACUCUCGCACCAGCGCAAAGUAAUUCUUCAUGGGCCUCGAGUACGAGAAACACCGGAGGAUGUAUGCGAGCGUGCGAUGCGUCGAGAAAUAAGGACUGUCAUACCACUGGUCUUUGGUGGCACUGCACUAUUGUCACCCCCAAGUCUUUCUGAGCUCCGCCAAAGCUGCAGUACUACCAUACAAGCUCCAAGAUUUGAGCAGGUCGAAAUGUUUAAGCAGUGGCUGCUUCCCAAUUACAAUAAAUUUGCGGCUAGCUCGGACGCAUAUGACGAGAGUGAUGUGCUACAAACAUAUAGUAUUGUUGCAGAGUUACUUAGUUGCACCAAAUGUUACGGAUCGUUACUUGAGCUCAGCUUAUCUGUGUUGUCCCAAACCUCGAAUCCUCAAAUAAUUCAAGUUGUUGGGGAAGUUUUUCAUCGUUUCGCGACCGUAUGGACCUCAAUGGGUUGUACGGGAGCCAUAACAACAGCUCUCUACUCAGCACAUAUGGAAUGGAAAAAUAGGGGCAUGCGAGUGCGAUCAUUGCUGGCGUUGUUGAUUCAAAUGGAUGCAGGUCGACAUCUUGAUGAAUCUGCAAGGGCGCAGAUCACCGCAGAUAUCUCGUCCUUCACUCAUGCUUUGGCUCCUGACACCGCGAACCCUGGACAUGUCCCAGAACACCUACCAGAGAUCUUGUUGUUGGCAGAUGACCCCAAGCCGGAUGCCCCUUCUAUACUCGCCAAUGGGUUAUGGUACCGGUAUCGUACGGCUCUAGACUGGGGAUGGAAAGUUUGGGAUAACACGAUUGCGUCCCUGCGACAAGUGCCCCUCAUGACUGCAGAUAUCGAUAAGCGACGUGCCAUCGGUCUGCGAUACGCUCAGUUUCUUCUGCACAUUGAUCAACACCUUCCGGCUGGUUUAGAUGAUCAUGUUUUGCAAUGGUGCUUAGGAACAGGUAAAGGAGAGAUCCUAGCACUCACCGUAGAAGCUUGGGAUGUCUGUUCCGUGGUGCUCCUCUUCUUGACCGCACACGGCGCCCUGUCCACGACCAGCCUUCUCCGCGGCCUUGUCUACCCAGCUUGGCAUAUCUGUGCAAACGCGACGGGGUAUUCAGCACAGCUGCCAAGUAUAUUUGUACAGUCUGCAAAUGAACUUUUCGACCGUUUAGUCCUUCACGAAGAAAUUCAAAUAUCUUCGACAGUACCAUCUUCGUUGCUCGAUACGCAUCGAAUCCACAGUCGGCGCCGAAACGUCUUUCGCGGGCCACACUUCCCGCAGCUUGCAGGAGAAAUGCCAACGCUUCUGUUGAUUGAAUGCAACGAGGCUAUUGCUUUGGAGCUCCGGGCGACAGCGAAAGAUCUCCGAGUGCGGACAUGCGAGAGCCGCGAAUUCAGGCAAGCAGCAUAUCGCGACCUCGAUGUCAUACGGAAGGCAUUCGAACAACCUAUUCAAUCUGGGUCCAUUGGAGAAACCCUGUUUGAGCCCCUCGUUAAUGCAUUGAAGGUGAUAUUAAGCGACUCGAGUGAGGGAACGGACGUGAAUGCAUUUCUUACUGGUCGUAGUCCUUCGGAACUAAGUCCAUGGCGGCUUGCGGCUACAGCUGUCCAACUUCAGUUUGGCCUUCGACAGCUUGGCAGAGCGAUGGCCCAUGACACAACGAAGCAGGCAGCAAGUGCAUCUCUUGACAAGAUGACGUCCAUGUUAUUUCACCAUUCAAUGGCAUCGGACGAGGCAUAUUUCAUUGCAGAGACUGCACGUGACAUUGAUGGCCCUGUUGCAGAGAAGUUCUUCAACAAUGGCUUCAAAAGCAUCGUCGAUAUCUUCACCCGCAUGCCAAUAGCCUCACGCGACACACUCUUCGACAGAGUAGAUCGUGCUGGGGAGUUACUUCGUGUUCUUUCUCAUGUAGCGGAACCCCUGCGGACGAAAGGAGUUGUCCUUCAUUUGGAUCCAACCGUGCAAGAGCGGCUCAGUAAAGCGGUACUCGAGACGCUCGUCACUAUUGAGACGAUGCUGUCAAAAUUAACAAGCAUCUCACAUGAGGUGAAGCGAUGCGCCAUUUUUCUUGCGCGACUUUUACAGUUCAACCUCGGAUUUAUUGGACCGUGGUCGACUUCUUGCAUGGAAAUUCACGAAGGCUUAACGACUGUCUUGUUCCGCUUGUUGCUCGUACACGCAACUGGUGCCCAUUUCGAUCCGGUUGCGUUUUCGUUGCUGGCGGAUACAUUCUAUUUUGUUAUUGACGAACUCAACUCCCAUUCAAAAUCUGGUACACCUGAUCCCUUCCGGUUUUACCCCAAACAUCUGGAGUCCGAUCUUCCUCCAGGUGUUCCAGCAGAGUUCUAUACCCAGCUGUGCUCCCUUCUCCCGCAGCUACCACCUAAUGAUGUCGUCAAUGCCUUAGUGCAUGCUUACCGCGACCAUUCCGGUCAACUUGUCUAUAGCACGUUGGUGCAAAACCGACCUUGGGAGUGGAUCGAAAAUCUAGGAGAACCUUCCGUCGAGACCGGCUUACGGCCCAAGACCGACUCAGCUAUAAAAAAUGCCGCGUCACUCUCUCUUGAAUUUUUCGCAGCGCGACCGACAGGAGACCAUAUUUUCCAAACAUCAGUUUUGGCCACCAACGAGAAUGCAUCAGACCAAGACAAUAUGAGACUGGAAGGAGAUAUGAGAUCGUUUGAAGAUGGUCUCUCGGCGGAAAGCGUCUACACGAGAGACUGGCGUGAGACACGCCUCGAGGCUCACCGCGACAUACACGCUGGCAUCGCUGAGAGUACAAGCGGAGAUGGCACCGAUGAUAUCGGUGCCCUCACUAUCCCCCCCGCCCAGAUACAAUCUGUGUCGCGGAGGGCAUCGCCUGCGUCCUCAGUGCGUUCAAGGGAGUCAGCGUAUGAAAGCAUCAUGUCAUUAAGGCAAAGCCCAAGCAUGGGAGCUAAAGCGUCUUUGUCGACCGUGAGUGAGACAAUGGAGGAUGCUGAAGGUAGCACAGCGGAAGUGGGGGUAACAGGACACAAAAGAAAGGCAGAAACAGAUGACGAGGUGGAGAUAAUCGAAGGGCCAAUACCCGAGAAAGCGAGGAAAGGUAAAGGCGUAAAGCCUCGCUCAAGGAGGAAGUAGUUUCUUGUUUUUCGCUCUGUACAUUGUAGAAUAUAUGCAAGAAUUCGGGAUGU